GCGACGGCUAGCCAGCUGCGCGUUUGUGUUGCUUGCUUGUGUUUUUCGGUUAUCGUAGUGAGAUUGACGCUUCAUUCUUAUUUUCUUUCGUUCAACAGGCAACAGAAACAAGUUUCUGUGCAUGCGCGUGUGAAAAAAAAAACGUUCACAAAUGUGAUUGUGUAAUGAACUCCUGAAAACAACGAAUCUGACUUUGAAAACUCGUGUUGCCGUUCGGUGUUGUUACCUGGAUACCAGUGCAUUUUGUCUGAAGUGUAUAAAACAAGAGUAGUGCUAUUUCGGUACGUUCCUGUCAGGUUACAUGCCUGUGAACCCAACAGUGUGAUCAGUGAUUGUUGUCGUAGCCGGUUUCCAUUGAGGAAACUUUCCAAACGUGCAUAAAACAGUGGGUAAUGCUUUCCUACCGAAUGCGGGCUCCGCCUGCACGCAUUCCUUAAGGAAGCAAGUGCCGGCACUAAGCAUUUUACGGGAGGCGAGCGGAGCGGGUGGCGGGGCCGGCAGCGGCGGGCUGCUGGCCAUGAACGCCACCCAGGUGCAGUGCGAGCCCCACGACUCGGUUGUCCUCAUUAAAUAUGAGCACCGGUCGGCAGGAGGCAGCUGGGAGGAGCCGGUGAGCGCGGUGCGGAACACACCGCUUAGGCGCUCGCAACGGCUCAAUUCCACGCUGGACUCGAGGAGCACCGGUCAACUCCGGAACACGCUGAGCCGGGCCCGCGAGCUGUGCGAGCGAUGGCGCAGCGGCACCAACACGCCUUCACCCCCCGCGCCUCCCGACGACGAGGGCGGGGGGAGGCUCGCGCGCUGGUUCAGCGUGCGCCGCGGCUCCACGCACCAGUACGACAUGCACGCCAGUGAGAAUGACAAGAUGCCUAAACUGCCUGAGCUGGAGGAGGAUAUGUUCUCAUGCGGCGGCGAGGUGCGCGGGGGUAGGGUCCCGCCGCCAUCGCUCGGCCCUCCACCUGACUCCCUCACGCCGGUACAACUAAGACGACGGCAUGUCGUCGCUGACAUUAUACACAGCGAAAACUCCUAUGUUGCAACGUUGCAGAGGCUUAUUAAUGAUUACAAGAAGCCUCUCGAAGAAAGUAGUCCAGCAAUACUAAACGCGAGCAAGAUUCAAACACUAUUUCACCGCCUGCCCGACAUCUUGCAAUGCCACCUGCACUUCCGCACCGCGCUCGCAGACUGCGCACGCACGUGGGACCGCGACGAAAAAAUUGGCGAGGUCUUCCUAAGCGCAUUCUCGAAAGCAGUGGUGCUGGAUGUUUACUCUGACUUCAUCAACAACUUCUCCGUCGCUAUGGAGUUGGCCAAGAUGGAGUCGAAACGGAAAUCGGCGCUGGCGGAUUUUUUCAAAGUGAAGCAAAUCAGUGCUCACGACAGGCUUUCCUUCUUUGGUCUCAUGGUGAAACCUGUGCAGAGGUUUCCUCAAUUUAUUAUGUUUUUACAGGAUCUCUUGAAACAUACGCCACCUGGUCACUCGGAUCGCGUUGCUUUACAACGAGCAUUGACCAGACUGGAAGCAUUAGCUGACGCCCUAAAUGAGAGAAAACGUGAUGCCGAAAGAACUCAGGCUUUCCGAGCUGCUCUUAGGCGACUAACGCGUGGCGGGGUGGCGGGCGCGGGCGGUGGUGGUGGCGCUGCGAGAUUCGGCGCCGCAAGACUUUUGGCCUCGCGGGCUGACAAACGGCAUUUGUUGCGACAAGAUAAUCUCGUACAACUGGAAUUCAACCAAUCGGGAACGUUGACGAAAUGCAAACCUCGUCGAUUGCUGCUACUCAAUGAUCUCGUAGUAUGCGUGUCUGUGGGUGCAGGAGGUGACGACACUGAGCGUUUGGGGCUCAAGUGGGCGUAUCCCGUGCAGGAUGUUGAAGUUCUGGACACUGGAACUUCGCCUACCCUUAGCCGAGUGCUUGCCCAAGGCAUGAAUCGCAGUGGAAGUCUCCGUUCAAGCACUAGUAGUCAUGGCAGCACGGCCACUGGUGACUCCCUUUGCAACGAGAUGUCUGCUCUCAUGCACGACUACGAAGCCGUGUCGAGAAUGGCGGAUCUCGCUGCGUCAUUGAAAGCCCCCUGUCCAGAAUUAGCGCCGGAAAUGUUUCGGGCGUUAUUGCAGAAUAUCCAACGGAGUAUACAGAAAAAAGACGACGAAAUGGCAUGGGUGGACUCCUGCUGUUUACAACUCACGAUCCGCGGCCGAGAGGACGCGGUGACGUUUAGAGCCACGGAACCUGGCGCCCGUCGAGCUUGGGCCACGGAACUGCGGCUAGCUCAACUGGCACAGGCAAGAGCGAAUUGUCCCGCGUGGAGAUUGCCUGCGUCCCUGCCAUCGCCACACGCUUUACCGCACAAGAUGCCAUUGUUUGUGGCAGCCACGCCGGUGUACUCGUCGAAUAAUUUGACAGAGGUUCGGUGUGGAUGCUUCUACACGUCAUCAGGCAGCCCGCGCGGCGCAACUAUGCGACGCGCGCGGUCCCUGUUGUGGGUGUGUGCGGGCGGCAACAGCAGCAGUCACGUGGCCGUGCUAACACACCGCGCCGCCAAGCUCAAGACCCUCGUGACACUCGACCUGCCCGACACUAAGGUAACGUCAAUGGAGUAUGCAAGAGGACUCCGACAAGUGAACACGCUGUGCGGCGACACAGUGUGGCUCGGCACUGAGGACAAAACCAUCAUCAUCUUCUCCGGUGUGGAGCCUGAAAAGCAGGAGAAGUUGACUGAGGUCGCGACCGUUGCUGCGGUUACGCAGAUCAAAUACCACUGCGACUCCAUGUUCGUGGGGCUCGCCAAUGGUAGAGUGGCAGUGUACAGGCGGAAUCAUGACGACUCGUGGGCUCUACAAGAGCCGCUUGCGAUCGAACUAGGAGACCAACCCGUGCAUUGCAUUUUACCCGUCGACGGUAUCGUCUAUGCCUCGUGCGCCAAAAGGGUAUUCGCUAUCAACGCACUGACCGCCGAAAUUAUGCGAAUCCUUGAACUGAAAGGCGAAUGCGAUCGUUCCGUAAAGUAUCUCGCGCAUUCCGGAGUAGGAUUGUGGGCUGCAUUCUCAGACUCCACAUUCGUGAGCCUCUAUCACGCGGAGACGUUCGAACACUUGCAGAAUAUUGACAUCGCUGCCGAUGUUGCGAAAACUAUUGGUGCUAGAGAAGGAAGCAAGCCAGCUUAUGUGUCAGCGUUGCUGGCUGGACAAGGCCUUCUUUGGGUAGGCACCACUGCCGGUGUUAGUGUUACGGUACCGCUGCCAAAGUUAGAAGGACUGCCGCUUAUUGGCGGUCACAUAGCCGUGUCUUACCACGCACAUGCUGGUCCAGUCACAUUUCUCCUAUCCUUGACUGCAGACACACGAGAAGUGGACGUUAAUGUCGUACGACGCAAUCUAUCAAACGCGAGAGCUCUCGCCGAAACAGUUCAAGAACUUAAUGAAGAGGAAUCCAAAGAGGACACCGACAAACACAAACUAGAAAGGCGGAUAUCAGAGGAGAUGAGCCCGUACCGACCGCAGCGUGUCCAAUCGGCCGUUAUACGAAGGAAAAAACCCGGCGAUGUGCGGCUAAGUAAAACUUUGCCGAAGUGUGCGAAUUUGAAUGUGUGCGAUGUAUACGGACUUUUCGGGGAUUUAAUGUUUGUUAAGGAUUGUGUCGGUGAGGCUGAUGUCAGUGGUUCGGGUGGUGAAACGCUCAGGCGGAGUGAUCCUGAGUUAGCAGCGAUUCCAUUCCGCGUCAGUACUCUUGAUAGGCGGUUAAGGAUGAGAGCCGGUCGUCCGCGGAGUUUAGAUCUAUCCAGCUGGUCGGUUGACUCGCGAGCAUCUAGUCUGUGCACGUCAUCCGGUAGCGAGGAGUCCAUGGCUUUACGCGGUGUAUCACGAACGAGUUCAGGCGCAUCCGGUGCCGCGAACUUAGCUCCGAUGGCUUCUUCGACCCCAGAUUCCUCCUCCGGAAAGUCGAGUGCUUCGGAAAGAUCGAUAUCCCGAUGCGAUUCCGCCACAGCAGCUCCGGAAUUGCGCCAGAAGAACAAAAGCGGUGCUCGAAGUCUUCGCGGUGCUGAUUACAUCGUUGGUGACAGCAUGGCACGACGCUCAGUCGUCACGGUUGUAGGUGGGCGUGGUUACGUGGACUGGCGGCAAACCGCAGACGCGGCGGAACGACCCACACCAGCUGCCGACCCUAACCCCAAAGACGCACAUCUCAUUCUAUGGGAAAUGCGCAUGUAAAUUUUUAGUAUUACGCCUCCAGAUGAGAAUUUGGCAUCGAAGCAUUUAUUUUAGGCAGUUCUAUAUCGGUGAAGCAGCGGUGCGAUAUCAUUAUAUUAGGUAUAUGUGAUAUAUAAAGAUAACCGAUCCCCUUAAUUUCAAUAAUAAAUCAGUAAAGACCAAAAUUUACUCUUCGCGUCGAUUGAUUAACGCUAUCACAACAAGUAUUAAAUAACAAUUAAUAUUUAAUGUGCCUCUAAAUUAUUAUUUUUUUGCUUUCUCCGAAUUAUGUAUUCAGAUAAGUCCCCAGUAAGCUUUUGCUACCACAAAUAUAGAUUAUACUGAUUAUGCACCGAUUCGGCCCCACCAGUUAAAUAAAACUGCCUUAGGCUACUUCGUAAUUGAUAAAUUAUGUAUCGAGUUAACAAAACACUUAUUAUGUCUUCUUACAAGUUGUAAAUAAUCAGAGCACCUGUAGAUUUCUGUAAAUUCAAUAUUAAAUAUAAUUACUAAAGUAAAUGUAAAAUAAAAUAUAGUUUCGCUAACAUAUCUGUGAAACAAUCGUUUCUAAACCUGAUUCAAGCAAUCCGUUCCUGAAAUUAAAGUAACCGCUUGGUAAAAAUAGAGUGUAAUAAUAAAGAGAAAUUUACACAGAGUGUAAAAAAUGUGAUAAGCUUUAAAUUAUUUUUGGAUAUUAGGGCCUAACUGUUUUCAACCCGUAUUUACAAUGGUUUGUAGUAUGUAAUAAUUACGUCCAGGUGCAUUAUUUUUGUGAUUGUUUUAAUUAUAUUCGUGUUAUUAAUUCUGAAUGGAUGCAUUAUUAUUGAUGUAUUUUUUGCUAAUUAUACAUUUGUUGGUAUAUCCUUAUAAUGAGUACCUAUAUUAAAGAAGAUAUUUUUUGGACUACAAUUUGUAGGUACAUAUGAACAAGUACUUAAAAUUCGUCAUAGCAUCACGACCCGCAUCAUUAACAUAUAAUAUGUUGUUUAUUGUUACUACUCAUAUACAAUAUAUAUAUUUCUAACUAACUUGCAUUUACAUAUAUAUACAUUUAGUAACUAUUUAUAUUUUAAUUGGCAAUUUUCUUAUUUCUGUCUGUACAGAUCAGGGCUAUGGCGUGACGUUUUGUCAGGGACUAAGAAAUUUAUUAAUUGCAUACUACUUUUAUGAAAUUGUUGACACUUGUUAUCGGCAUUCUGUGUACAUACUAAAUAGUAUGGUCCAAACUUACAACACUUAUGACAAAUUCUCUAUAAUUUUUAUUAAUACAUAACUAUAACCUAAAAUAAACUAUUUAAAAACUAAAUAAAAUCUAAAACGUACUCGAAACCACCGCAGCGAGGCACAGUUCCCAAGAUGCUGGCAGCAUUGCCCCUUUGGAUGGUCAAAUUCUCUUAUAUAUAUUUUGAAUCUAGAUAACUGACGAUGCAUCCCUGAAGAUUUUCUCAAAACCCCCCAAAAUGAUUAAAGAAAGUUUAAUUUUCUCAUUCUACAUCAAAAUAGUGAGACCCUGAAGGCAGUGCCAUUCUUAUAUAACAUGUCCAUUUAGACUGCCCCUGCAUUAGCGUAAACUUAUAUAUAUGUAUAAUAAUUAUACAUUUAUUUGUACAAUUAUAUAAUUUAACUAUCUACGUAAAUUUCUAUUGUAAACAUUUUUU